UUCCUCGACGGUGAAGUUGAAGAAUGCGAGGAAUUCGAACUUAUCGGUGAAGAUCCAGUAGUUUUGCAGAAUCCUGAUGAAGCUGGGAACGAUAAAAAUACAUUACCGUGUCGUCUUCUCGAAGACUUUAUCAUAUUUGACGCGAACAAACAAAAUCAAGUUGUCAGUCUCGACGAAAUAGAAGUUGAAGGAAGAGAGCUUCAUGCUGCGGGAAUUGUUAAACCAAUGUUUAUAGAGUAUUCUCAAAAUGGACAAAGCGAAAUUUGGCUGCGAACUCAAUAUGGCUUUUACAAAUUGCGGAAGGCCGCGCAAGAAUAUAUACAAUAUUUUACGCCCGUCUUUAAAAGAAUUCGUACCGCUAAUCUUGCAAUUGAAGCAAUUGCUAGAGAUCCUGAA